AUGAUCGACUUGGAUUUGGUACUGGAGAUAUAUUUACCUUACUUUGGUCACGCUUUGAUGGCACUAGGGUACAUUCUGGAAGAGAUUGAAAGCAUCCAGCCACCCUUGCCAAGUGCUGUAGUCCUAAUUGGUCAUUUGUGUGUCCUGACAGACCCCCGCACUCUAUCAGUAGAACAAGAGAGUGUCCGCAUCAUUAACAUCAUUUUCUUGAUCAGCAAUCUUCUAGUUUUCGUAUAUGACUUCAUUGUCGCUCUUGAUUUGAAUAUGCCACCUAUUAAUGAGCUAGAUCCAUACAUGGGCUGA